AUGUCCUCGUCGUUGUUCAAAGCGUCGUCCUCUUCUUUUCUCAGCUUCUCUUCUUCUUUAGCGCGAAGAAAAAGAGAAAAACCUUUCGCGAGGAGCGCGACGCCGAAAUUGCGAGGCGGGAAAGCGUCUAAAUCGUCGUCUAAAUCGUCCGAUUCCGAGUACGAUUUGAGCGAAUCGGAAACCGUCGUUCCGGAUGCGAAAAUCGCUCGAGACUUGACGUCGACGACGCUGAACGUCGUUCGACGGUUUCAAGUCGACGUCGCGAAACCACCUGGUGAUAAUAAUGAUGAUAAAAGUCCGGCGAAGUAUUGCAAGUUGCCCGCGAAUCAAUACAACGUCAUCGACGAAGAUAAAGUUGAAAUGCUGGAAGACAAUUCGUUCGUAGUUUCCACGGGAGUGCAGAAGUUCUUGUUUCUCACGAUCGAAGCGAAAGGACGGGUGAAGAUCGAAGAAACCUUAACGGGAGUGAGACAAACGUUGGAAAAAGCGGAGAUGAUUGAUGUGAAUGGGAAGAACGGUAAGAUUGUGGACGCGAUGAAUAAGAGUAUUGGGUGCGUGCGAGUGAUGAAUAGCGUGAUGGCGACGACUUCGGACGAAGGACGGAAAGAACACAUCGAGAGUCAGUUGGAAUUUAGCGGGACGUUUACGGAUGGAGUAUUCGCAAAGAUAGGACCGAGGUUGAACGAAAUUGCGAGUUUUGUUUUAGGCGCGACGCUUCCGUGGUUUUUAGAGACAAUUGGGAAGGAUUACGAGUUGUGGGCGGUGGACGGAGAGCGACAGAAAGCGAAAAUGGAUAUCGGCGGGAUGUCGCAGACGAUUUUGAAAGGCGCAAAAGGGAAACUACCAAGCAACGUGCGGGAAAUUGAAGUAGUUUAG